AUCUCGUAACCUUUUUUUCCCCUGCAUUGAAUCCGAUUGAAUCCUCCCCUCUCUUGCCUCUUAGCUGCUUCUUCUUAUUCUCUCUACGUGUAUAUAUAAUUACUCUCAGACAAAGCAAAAGAGGUGGCACCAGAGAGAGAGAGAGAGAGAGAGAGAGAGAGAAGACCACAAAAACCAGAGCAACAAAAACACCUAAACAGUGGCCGGAUUAUAAGAAAACUAACUACAAUAGGAGAGACAAGAAAUGGAGGGGAGGUUAUCGCUGGUAUCUCUCCUUGUUCUUCUUCUGACUACUACUCUUUCGUUAUUAGCCGACGCGGUGCCUUACGCUAAGCCUUUCAAUCUCACCAACAUCCCCUUCGACGAGGGUUUCAAUCUUCUCUUCGGCGACGGCAACCUCGUCCGCUCCCCCGACGGAAAUGGCGUCCGUCUCCUCCUCGAUAAAUAUACAGGGUCUGGCUUUAUUUCCUCCUCUCUUUACGACCAUGGCUUCUUCAGCGCCAAGAUUAAGCUCCCGUCGGAUAACACUGCCGGUAUUUGCGUUGCUUUCUAUACUUCUAACGCUGACGUGUUUGAGAAGAGCCACGAUGAGUUGGACAUAGAAUUCUUGGGUAACACAGCAGGAAAGCCAUGGAGGUUCCAGACCAACUUAUACGGCAACGGCAGCACCAGCCGCGGCCGCGAGGAGCGGUACCGCCUCUGGUUCGACCCGACAAAGGACUUCCACCGUUACAGCAUCCUCUGGACCCUUAAGAACAUCAUAUUUUACGUGGAUGAAGUACCAAUAAGAGAGGUUGUACGAAAGGAAGCAAUGGGUGGUGACUACCCAGCGAAGCCAAUGUCUUUAUAUGCAACCAUAUGGGAUGCCAGCAGCUGGGCUACUAAUGGCGGCAAGGAGAAAGCAAACUACAAAUACGCACCCUUCGUCGCUGAAUUCAAAGACCUAGUGCUCGACGGCUGCCCUUCCGACCCGAUUGAGCAAUUUCCGUUCGGUGAGGCCUGCGCCGAGAAACUUGCCUACCUCAACGCUCAAGAAUACUCUACAAUUUCACGUGCACGGCAGGCGGCCAUGCGCCGAUUUCGUCAACGUUUCAUGUACUACUCAUAUUGUUACGAUUCUUUGAGGUACCCUGCAUCAAUGCCCGAGUGUGAGAUCAUUCAGGCAGAGAAGGCGCGGUUCAAGGAUACCGGCAGGUUGAAGUUUGGAGGCAGUCACAAAAAGCAGCCUAAAAGGCGGAGCCGGAACCGGAGUGCGACUUCCGACAACCAAGUAGCUAUAUGACGAUUAUAUAUAUAUAUAUAUAUAUAUAUAUAUAUAUAUAUAUAUAUAUAUGUACAUAUAUCAUCAUCAUCUGUAUGAAUCAUUUGUAAAUUGAAAUGUUUUAGUGUUGAUUAAUCAUAAUUGUGUUCUUUUUCCCCCCAACGACCUCUCUUAAUAAUUAGGGGAUGAACCAAUAAUCUUUUCAAAAUAUGAAACACUAUCAAGCUAGUA